UUCAUUGACAAUAUCAGAUUGUCGUACUUGAGUACGACGAAAUGGAAGCGAAUGUCACUAACAGAGCCUUAGAUCAUGGUGAUGGAGAGAUAUGGCAUCUGUCAUCAUGUCCAACCCGUCAUGAUGUGAUAGCUACGUCGUACUCGUCUAUUGUUGGAGAGGAUCAGUCCGAACUCACCUACGGUGCGGCUCUGUGGCAGCUACCGACUUCAGUGAUCGGCGAUGGUGCGGACGAGGAAGUGGACGACGAGGGCAACUUCGUACCGCGUGUAGGCGCGUCGCAGGCUCCCAGCAUCUUCACCAGACUACUAGACAUCUCUGAAAGCGGGAAUGAAGGGGAGGAUGACGAUGUCUCCACCGAAGUCAGUUCGGUACUGUGGAACCCAGUGGACAGCAAGCAGAUUGCCACGCUAGCAGAACACUCACUGUGUGUAUGGGAUUUGAAUGCCGGGAAGCGCACGACGAACUACACGCCAUUUGGAGCCGAGGAGGUCCGCAGCAGCAAGCAGAAACCGCUCACAGCCGGGAAGUGGGUGGGGUCACACGGGCAUAGCAGUGGCAUGGAGGUGGCUGUGGUAGCGGGGCGCAGUAUCAUGGGAUUCGAUUUACGGUCCAGCCAGACAACGUUUCAUAUACCGCACGCGCACGAUAUGAGGGCCAGGGAUGUAGAUUUCAACCCGAAUCUGCCGAACUAUUUCAUCAGCGGGGGCGAUGAUGGUGCCUUAAAGUUCUGGGAUAGCCGGAAUACAACCCAGGCUGUGCGUACGAUGCGAUGUCAUUCACAUUGGAUAUGGGCGGUUCGAUAUAACCACUUCCAUGAUCAACUGGUGCUCACGUCAGGCUCAGACUGUGCCGUGGUCCUCUCAAGUGUUGCAUCCCUCUCCAGCGAAAUGACCGACCGCUUAACCACACACGAAAGCAUGGAUAGCGUAGAUAGCACACAUGACCAAAUAGACCUGAGGCCGGAACCGCCGAGUGAUAAGAUAGUGGAUGGGGUUGUACGCAAAUUUGACGAGCACGAAGACAGUGUCUAUGCCGUCGAUUGGAGUGCGGCGGAUCCUUGGCUGUUCGCUUCUCUGUCGCUCGAUGGACGUGUGGUGGUCAACCAUGUGCCGAGAGAUACCAAGUACGGCAUCCUCUUGUAAGAGCCUAGAUAUUUCGAUGUCGUCACCACUUCUGCAAAGAUCGCGGAUGCUCUUGUUUGUGGAAAGUCUGCCUUGCUGAUUCCGAGAGAUGUGUAAUAUGCUUUGCCUCGUAACAUGUCAAGGUAGAUAACCUGAUUCUAUGGCCGUGUGUACCUCUAGAUUGAGUAGGUCACAGCUUAACCAACGCGCAAGUUGAAUCAAAUAGGCUAUGUCCCUGCUUCUUCUACGUGUCGCGGCGAGUGACUUGGUGUAGCAGAGAUUCUAAACCCAAAAGGUUAGCUGAGAGGUAUUUAAAGCACACAAGUUUGGCCUACGAGCGAAUCAGCACAACCGCGGCAAACCACAGGGCAUGUGGGCGUAGGGUAUGCACUUACCAUGCGGUAAAACAACCAAAGACAAUGGCACCUCAGAGAUGAGAUAUGCAGUUGCCAAGCAAUUCUGCGCAGUAAGUAGCUUUUGGAUAUCGUUAAGUAUUCUAGUGGAAGGUGUAGUGUAUGUCGAAUAGCUGUCCCAGCACUAUGCAUUGGAGAUAUUGAAUAGCAAUCUACAUGCAUGAAGUUGACAGCAUAACCGGCUGGAUGAGUCGAGAGAAUCCAGUACUAUUGUCCAUUCUUCUGGAGUAUUCAAUAGUGGCAAACCCCUACCAAACGCACCACUUUCGUAAAUCGGUCGUUGUAUGCAUUCAGCACAUCGUCGAUAGGCCCACUCCAGGUUCUAUGGAUACCGAACUUCGCGGCUACGCUCUUAACAGUGACAAUUAAUAGGAGUUGUAAUGGGAAGGAGGCAGAGCACACACCGCCGCGAACGAGAAGUGCUUGGUAGAAUUGCUUUCUCCUUUUAAGGCUCAGCUUCCUGCUGUACAUGACCAUACGUGGUAUGUUCCCGUCUCCACUUACAACAGCCCAAACACAAUCCCACAGUCACAUUGUGGAUGGUGGUGUAGGAGCUGCAUCCGCCUUGACUUGCGACAAUCCCUACACUGGACGCCACCUCCACUCCACGAACGGCCGUACAACGCCCUGGGAUGGACUACAGCGUCAUUUAUGGGUCACGAAGACGCUUGGCUGCGCUUGGUAUAACACGGUAUUCCCCGUAUUCCCCCUUUUCUACCUGACAAGGCCCUUGCGGUCGUCAUUUGCAAUCAGGGUCUUUAAUGCUCGAUGCUUUUGUCUUGCAAGGACCAAAUAAACGAUACUACUUGUCAAGGUCUGAAUAUAUAUUGCAAACGCAUCUUGGGAACUUGGCAUUUACCUGUCACAGUGGACGUACACCUUACUCGCCCCAGUGAUCUGGGUGACAGAUCACAGCGCAGAUUGCCAUGAAUGUGUGCGUGAGGAGACGUAGCGAACUACUAUUUCUCCACUAGCUAGUGUAACAUGAGGAGAAAAGCUUACUAAAAUAUUCAUAAAUAGGGGUUUUCAUUGUCGUCCUCCCAUGACCGCGAGCCCAUUUGGCAAGUUUAUUUGUAAUGAAGAGUAUAUCAAUCUACGAGGCUGGUAAACUUUCGAGAUAUUGCAAUACUCGGCGUAUGGGGCCAUGGUUCAG